CAUUACGUCAUCGCGAGAGGCGCAUUACGUCACAUCAAAGCAAAUGAGCAGCAGAGCUCCGCGCCGCUCUCCGCGAGUCUAAUGCGAACGAAAACAGACUUUUGUAUUCAAACGCCGAGAUUGUCGUCGAUAAAGUGCGUCGUUUGAGCGCAGAUGGGCUUUAGUGACCGCAGAGGAGCUGAAUUGAAACCCGUUUUGGCGAUGACAGGCGUUUGGUGAAUGAUUGAAGAGUCAGGCCGCAACAGCAGCACCAUGGCAGACAGAAGACAACUGUUUGCUGAAAUGCGUGCACUAGAUCUUGAUUCUAUCAGAUUGUCCACGUAUAGGACAGCAUGCAAACUGAGAUUCAUUCAGAAGAGGUGCAAUUUGCAUUUGGUGGAUAUCUGGAAUAUUAUUGAGGUUUUCCGGGAUAACAGACUCAACUCCAUGGACCUUAACACAGAGUUCUCAGUGUCACAUUUGCAAGCAAUACUGUCCACCAUCUAUUACCAGCUGAACAAGCGGCUGCCCACAACCCACCAGAUCAAUGUAGACCAGUCCAUCUCGUACAUCCUCAACUUCCUGUUGGCGGCCUAUGACCCGGAAGGUAUGGGAAAGAUGUCGGUUUUUGUGGUGAAGAUGGCUCUGGCUGCCCUCUGUGGAGGGAAGAUUUUAGAUAAACUAAGAUAUGUGUUUUCACAGAUAUCUGACCCAAACGGAGUGAUGAUCUACUCCCAGUUUGACCAGUUCCUCAGGGAGGUGCUGAAACUGCCCAUGACGGUUUUUGAGGGACCAUCUUUUGGGUACACUGAGCAGUCCACAAGAACCUGCUUUCCACAAGAGAAAAAGGUCUCGCUCAAUGUGUUUCUCGACACGUUCAUGUCGGAUCCUCCUCCUCAGUGUCUGGUUUGGUUACCGCUGAUGCAUCGGCUGGCAAACGUUGAGAACGUCUUCCAUCCUGUGGAGUGCUCCUACUGCCACAGCCAGAGCAUGAUGGGAUUUCGCUACCGGUGCCAACAAUGUGAUAAUUACCAACUCUGCCAAGAGUGUUUCUGGAGGGGUCAUGCCUCGGGCAGCCAUAGCAAUCAGCACCAGAUGAAGGAGUACAUGUCAUGGAAAUCUCCAGCUAAGAAGUUGUCGGACGCUCUUGGUAAAUCUCUGAGUUGUGCCACGAGUCGAGAGCCUCCUUACCCGAUGUUCUCCGAUGCACCUGAGAAACCGCUCAACUUCACUCAUGUUGGGCCUCCCAGACCUGUGACCAGUGGAAAUGAAUACAUGCUCCCUCACACGAUGCCUUACUCAGGAAACCCUUACUCCAGCAAAACAGGUGCUCACGAUGAGACAAAGCAAAAGAAGCAGUUUUCCCGGACGGCCCCGGAUCUUUUAAAAGGGAAAGGGGUUCAGUACAGCCUCGAUAUUGCGGAUAGGCUCGCUGAUGAGCACAUACUUAUCGGACUUUAUGUGAAUCUCCUCCGAAAGGACCGUUCAUGUUGUCAGGAGAGCUGUAAAAACCAGGAUGAUGAGCACUUCCUCAUUGCCCGUUACGCCUCUCGAUUGGCUGCUGAUGGAGCUGCAGUGAAGACCAGAGUCCCGGCGGACAUCUCUCUCUGUCUGGACUCUAAUAAACAGCAGCGACAACUUAUCGCUGAGCUAGAGAACAAGAACAAGGAGAUUUUGCAAGAGAUCCAACGCCUUCGACAACAACAUGAAGAAGCCUCCCAGCCUCCGCCAGACAAAAGCCAACAAAACCCAAUGUUACUGGCUGAACUGAGACUGCUCAGGCAGAGGAAGGAGGAGCUGGAGCAGAGGAUGUCAGCUCUUCAGGAGAGCCGUCGAGAACUCAUGGUCCAACUAGAGCAGCUCAUGCUUCUGUUAAAGGAAGAAGAGCUAAAAAGAGCUAACCAGGCCCCUGGCCCCUCCCCUCGCUCUUCCCCCAGCCACACCAUCAACACAUCCAUCCAAUCAGUGUCCGGCAAUACCACUCCCAUCCCCAUGCCCGUCCAAUCAACAUCCGGCAAUACCACGCCCAGCCAGACUCCUCAGGACUCGCUCAUGGGUCUGGGAGGAGAGGUGCAGCAGGCCUUCGCUCAGGGCUCCAGAAGGAACUUAAGAAAUGAUCUCCUGGUAGCUGCAGACUCCAUAACCAACACAAUGUCUUCACUGGUGAAAGAACUUAACUCAGAGGCGGGGAGUGAAACAGACAGCAUCUCUGACCUCACGUUCCCAACAUCAGAUGUUCUCCACGCCAGGAGCGCUUCAAGAUCAGGGGCGGCAGGUGCGCUGGAGUCUGGGGAUUUCUAUGGACAUGAUCUAGAAAAGCAGCUGAACAGAGAGCUGAAGAUGGAGGAACGUCUCAGACACACGCAGGAACAGGACAAGAACGUCCUGGUGACUUUACAAGAAUAGCUGUGUUUUAGUGAGCAAUGCGACUCUGAAGCACUGUGCAGCCAGACCUGAGCUGGAACAUACCACACUUCUGAAAACAUCAACAGUACUGUGGGACACAACCCAAUCUAUAAAUAUAUAGAAAUAUAUUUUUAGACUCUACAGGAUGUUUUAAGACAAUACUGUGAACGGACUUUGGAAAUUACAAAUAAUGGAACUGUCUACAACACCGCCAGUGCCAUAAAUCCAGUGAUUAU